AUGUUGAAUAUGGAUGAAAAUUUUCAUCCAUUACAAAGUAAUGAAAAGCAUCAAAGCAACAAUAUGGAACAACCUUUAGAUUUAAGUAUAACAAAUACAAAAAAUUCAUUUACUAUUGAAUAUUUAACAUCAAAUAUUUCUAAACCAAAACGAAAACCAAUAUUUUAUUAUCAACAAUCACCAUUACAUCCAUUAGAAAAUAGAAAAUAUUCUUUAAAUUCAACAUUAAAUGAACAUAUUGUAUCAAAUAAUUGUGAUUCAUCAACAACAAAUACUAGUUGUGCUUUGGAAAUAGUUAAUGGUGGACAUGGGAUUAAAAAUCCAUUAUUUGAUUGUGCGACAGAAGCACUACAAAUUCAAUAUGGUAUGAACAAUAAUAUUAAAUUAGUUUCACUUUUAUUUUUUUUCUCACGAAUUUAACGGGAUGAGUUAUGUGUCAAUCGAUAAAUCAUUCUUAAUGUUUUUUUCUUUUUCUUUUUUUUUGUUUCGAUAUCGAGAGAAAAGCCAAAAGUGUUAAUUAGAAAAAAUAUUUUUGUCCAUUGAUUUUUCUCUCGAAAAUGAAUGAAAUCAAAUAUUUGUUUGAUCAUCACAUACAACAAAAAAAUUUUAUUAAACAAAUCGAUUUAAAUAUUUUGAAAUUACGUUGAGUCUUUCUUGAAAUUCAAAUAAUUGAAAUAUAUUUGUAAUUUCUGUUCAGAUAAAUAUUUCUAUACGAUAUGUCAAGAAUGAUGGGUAAUGAUAUGCUAAGAUCGUGAAUUGACCAAAUUAUAACUUCGAGAGAUUACAAAUAUUGAUCACAAUUUUCGAUGAGAUAUCUAGAUAUCAUAUCUCCCUCAUAGUAAUAUUUAGUAUUAUUAAUAUUUUCGUAUAGCGUAAAGAGUAAGAUAGUCAUUUACAACGUAAGCUAAGAAUAGAAAAUUUACUAGGAAUUUUUCAAAAUUAAUCAAACUAAUUUUAUUAAGUUUGAAACAGAGAUGGACAAAGUCGCACCGCGCCUCCCCGCGCUUCCCCGCGCCGUUGCUCACGCCUACGCUACACUAGUCUGAGCUUUGAUGAGCGCAUGCUUAGAGCAUCCCGGUAUUCGGUGGAGUUUGAGAAACUGAUUGGUAGAGCAAAGAGAAAGAGAGAUGUGCUUAGCGCCUAGGCGCGAGCAGUGGCGCGGGGAAGCGCGGAGAGGCGCGGUGCGAUUUUGUCCAUCUCUGGUUUGAAAAUUAAAGAUUUUCGAAAAAUGUUAAUAGUAAAAGUUUUAUUACUGAUAGAAAUAGAUGAUGUUUUUUGUUCAUUAAAAUUCAUUCGAAAUUUAUUUUUUGAAGCUUUUAAAAGAUUCGUUCAUCAUAUUCUAAUUUAGAAGUCUCACAUAAAUUAAGACUCUGAUGAGACGCAUAAUCAUA